AUGAAUGAUAUAAAAGAAGAAAUACAAGUACAUAAGAAAGAAAAUAUUUCUUUUGAAAAUUUUGAACUUUUCGAAAAUGUUGCAAUUAUAAAAAAAGAGUUAUAUGAUGAAGAAGAAAUGUCAUCAAAAUUAUGUAAAGAAAAAAUUAAUAAAUAUAUUGAUUAUAAUGAUAAAGAUAAUAAAAAUUAUAGUAUAGGUACUUUGUCAAAUAUAUCAUUAAAUGUUGAUAUAGAAAAUAAACAUCAUAAUAAUUAUGAAAAAUAUUGUAAUGCUUGUAUUCACUGUGAUGAUGUAUGCUUUUCUCAGAUAUGUAAUUUAUGUAUAAUAAAAAGAAAAAAUCUGUACUUAAAAUAUAAAAAAUGUAAAAAACAUAAUUUAAGGAUACGUGAAAAGCAUUUUAAAAAAAUAAUGGAAUCUAAUAAGGAAAUGCAUGACAAAAAUCUAAACCUCUUGAAAUAUCAGAAGAAUGUACAAAAUGGUAAUGAACCUAAUAUACUACAAAAUGAUGCUUUACUUAAGGAACAAAAAUAUUAUAAGGAUAAUGAUAGUAAUGAUAAUAAUAAGGAUAAUAAUAAUAAUAAUAAUAAUAAUAAUAAUAAUAAUAAUAAUAAUAAUACUUUUGAUAAUAAUAAUAAUUAUUAUAUAAGUCAUUUGUGCAAUGGUAAUGAUAAUUACUUAAAUGAUUCUCCUAAUCACAAUAUUAAUAAUUGUAAUACACAAGAGGAAAUUAUUAGUAACCAUAAUAACACAAAUGAUACAAAAUUUAAAAUAAUUAUUUCGAAAGAAGACAAAUAUACAAAUACAAAUAAUAAUAGUAUAAAUAAUAUAGAUCUAUAUAAUAAUAUACGACUAAAUAAUAACCAUGAGCUUACCAACACAUUAAACGAAACAAAUUAUAUAAAUAAUAAUAAUAAUAUUUUAAAUGAAAAAUAUGAAAAACAAAAACAAGUGUUAAAAUAUAAUUUCGUUAAAUAUAAAGAAGAUUUUACACUAUGUGAAAUAAAAAGACAUUAUAAAAUUAAUGAUUGUUGGAUUAUUGCCAAUGGUUAUGUUUAUGAUGUGUCUACAUUUAUUAAUCAUCAUCCAGGUGGUAUAAAUUCAAUAUUAAAGAAAGGAGGAGGUAAAAUCGAUGCAACAGUUGAUUAUUCUUUUCAUUCAAAAUAUGCACAAACGAAUUUUUGGGAGCCCUUAAAAAUAGGCCAAGUUGUUAAAUGUAAAAAGGAAUUUUUAGAGGAAAAAAUUAAAAAUGACAACACACCAAAAAAAAGAAAUAAAUGCAAUUUUAUGUGA